AUGGAGGGAAAGAAAAAACCCAAAAUUGAACCGUCCGAUUCGUUUUCUCUGAACCAAGAGUCUGUGCUUGCUGCGGUCUCGCCCCCGUCGCCUUCUUCACGGCUCCGUCGCCUUCUUUACAGCUCCGAAAGCACACUGGUCACUGAGCAAGGAAGUGAGCAAAGCAUGGAAAAAGGAAAAGAACAUCCAUCUAGCACCAGACCAUCUAGCUCAAAUCCCCCUUCCGCGGACAUACCAUCAAUUUCUCCAUACAUCCCAAUGCACGGUUACAACGCAGGACCCUCAUCCCCGAACAUACCAUCAACUUCUCCAAACAUUCCAAUGCACGGUUACUAUGGACCAAUGCAUGCGUGGUCAACGGGUUUUCUCCCAUUUUCUGCCGUCAACCAACAUCCAAGCAAUGUGCAGAAUACUAGUUACCCAUUUCAAGAUGGCAUGGAAGGGCAGUUGUCUCUCAGCAAUACCUCUGUUACAAGCAGAUUUAUUGGUACGGAGGAUAAUAGACCCAAUAUUGGAGAAAAUGAAUCGCCUGCUACAUCUUCUAGAGUUGAAGAAACUCAUUCUGAUAAACUAGAUGCAGAAGGCACUGAGUAUGGCAGUGCCGGAACAUCUGAGAAAGGGCCAAUGGAUGGUGAUAAUGAGCCAGUUUCGGGGAUGGAGUUUAAUUCCUUAGAAGAGUUAAUGAGUUAUUAUAAGGAAUAUGGUAAGAAAUGCGGGUUUGGGGUGAUGACAAAAAGGAGUGAGAGGGGAGAGGAUGAGACAGUUAGAUAUGUCACCCUUGCCUGUGCCCGUGGAGGCAAGGCCCGUAAUAGGAUUUUGAAUGUCGCCAACCCACGUCCAACAGGAAAGACGGAAUGUAAGGCAAAAAUUAAUGCCUUGAAAGUUACAAAUGGAAAGUUUCGGCUGACUACAGUUCACAAUAUCCACAACCAAGGACUGAGUCCAAAGAAAUCUCGCUUUUUUCGAUGUAAUAGAGAAGUGAGUGAAUCCGUUAAAAGAGUCCUAGAUACAAAUGAUAUGGCCAGCAUCCGAAUGAAUAAGAGCUUCGGGUCUCUUGUUGUGGGCGCGGGUGGUUUUGAGAACCUCCCGUUUUUGGAAAAGGAUUGCCGAAACUACAUUGACAAGGCACGACAUCUACGAUUGGGCGCAGGUGGUGCUGGAGCACUUCGAGAUUACUUUUUACGGAUGCAGUACAAAAAUCUGGGUUUCUUUGCACUAAUGGACUUGGAUGAUGACGGGAGGUUGAAAAAUGUUUUCUGGGCAGACCCCCGUAGUAGAGCAGCCUACCAAUAUUUCGGGGAUGUCGUAACCUUCGACACCACAUACUUGACUAAUCGGUAUGGGAUGCCUUUUGCCCCAUUUGUUGGUGUAAACCACCAUGGGCAGUCAAUUUUGCUGGGAGCUGGCUUGAUUUCCUCUGAGGAUACUGAGACAUUCGUAUGGUUAUUCCAAACUUGGUUGAAGUGUAUGGAUGGUAUAGCGCCGAAGGCUAUUAUCACUGACCAAGACAGAGCCAUGAAAAAUGCUAUUGCAAUUGUUUUCCCAGAAACCCAACAUAGAUUUUGCCUGUGGCAUAUCCUUAAGAAAGUUCCUGAAAAGCUUGGAUGUUAUGGUUCUUACAAAACUGGAAUGAAAACAUCACUAAUGAAAUGCGUGUAUGACACCCAAACGCCGGACGAGUUUGAAAACUCGUGGGAUGGCCUGAUUAGUACGUAUAGCUUGCAUGAGAAUGUUUGGUUGCAGAGUUUAUACACUGAGCGUGAGCAUUGGGUACCGGCAUUCUUGAAAAAUGUUUUUUGGGCUGGAAUGAGUACAACGCAGCGGAGCGAGAGCAUGAAUACCUUUUUUGAUGGUUAUGUUCAUGCUAAGACAAACUUGAAAGAGUUUGUCGAUCAGUAUGAUAAUGCCUUGAAGAAGAAGAUUGAGAAUGAAAAUUGCGCGGACUUCCAGUCAUUUAAUGUCACAAUUCCCUGCAUCUCUAGAUCUCCAAUUGAAAAGGGAUACCAAGAUUUGUAUACAAAUGCUAAAUUCAGGGAAGUUCAGCACCAACUUACUGGUAUUAUCGACUUGGACCCUGUUUUACUUAAGUCGGAUGUUCAUGGUAAGACCUAUGUGGUAGAGGAUGAAGUUCGUGUCGAAGAAUUCACUAAACUAGUUACAUAUUCAGUGAAUUUUUGUGAGGACGAUGCAGUCGCCAAGUGUUCUUGUGGUUUAUUUGAAAUGAGGGGGAUAGUGUGCCGGCACAUCUUCGCUGUCUUCAAAUGUAACGGGAUUAAGACAAUACCAGAUAGGUACAUUUUGGAUCGAUGGAGGAAAGACAUCAAAAGAAGAUACACGUUAAUCCACACCAGUUAUGAUGAAGGGGAUCAACGAGAAGAUGCUAAUAGAUAUUCAAGUCUGUUGAAUAUCUGUUAUAAGAUGAUUACUUGUGCGGCGAGUUCAAAAAAACAUACUGAGGAUGCAACAACUAAGUUAAAUGCAAUGAUUGACCUGUAUGAAGCGGACCAAGGACCUCCAUCGAUGACCGAAAAGGCCUUGAAUGUUGAUGGCACGACAAAUGACAGAACUACAGUUGGUAGUUCAACAAAAGUACUCAGUCCACGUGUUGUGCGAGGAAAAGGCCGACUCCCAUCUCUGAGGAGAGCAUCCAGGAUGGAGAGAGAACUGCGGAAAGUUAAGGAGAAGACAAAGAAAGCUGCGGAAAAGGGAAAACGCAAACAGCGUGAUGGGGGAGCUACACCAGUCGAGGACACUUGCAGGAGAUUAUUUCGCCCUUCCGAUGUGGACUUACCCAAUGUUGAACACGCGAGGGAAAUUGAAAGAAGCAUACCAACUGUUGAUAUUAGUGGAACACAGGCCCGAGAAACAGUACUUCAAAGUCAAGAAAGUAUGCAAUUUGGGUUUGAUGGAUCACAACCAUGACAACGAAAUAGUAACCAUCGUGGGCGCAGGACUUCUAAAACAAAACAAUCAACUCCAACAAAAGUUGAUGGUCAUCAGGGAACAAAAGCAUGAAGAUUGGAAGCAGCCACCUAAACCCAAGAAGUUUAUGGUCACAAAGAAUUAUGGCUAUAAGUAUGAAGACUGGAAGCAGUAACAUUUCUUUUGACUAUUUAUGGCUAUGUAUAUGCACGGUUAAAAUGUAUACUUUUGUUAUGAACUGAGUGUGUAGUUUUAAAGGUUUGAUGUAGCUCUGCAAAGGAAGGAGAUGACUACAAAGUCAAUGUGGCUAUUGGCUACUACCAUUUUUAUCUCUUAAUUGGUAGAAGUAAUUCUGCUGUUGGAGUAAUAAUCUGUCCUUUGAAUUUUGUGGCCUUUGUCAGACUAGUGGCUUUGACACUAACGGCAUCAGGA